AUGGACGCCGCGCUGGAAGCUGGAAGCUCCCCAGGCAAGUUUUUCUUUGGCUACCAUCCCAACUCGUCCACACUCGGUGAAUCUAUCGUUCGUCCGUCCUUAAUCAUGAGCGACCCGGAGCGCGGCCAGGCGCUCGAGGAAUAUAAAAAGAGCUUGCUCGAGCUACGAGAAUGGGAGGCCAAAUUGAAAACCCUUCGCUUGGGUAUCAAGGAUCUUCAAAGAGAGUUUGAUGUCUCCGAGGAUAACAUCAAGGCACUACAAAGUGUUGGUCAGAUCAUCGGCGAGGUGCUGAAACAGCUCGACGAAGAGCGAUUCAUCGUCAAGGCGUCCUCGGGUCCUCGAUAUGUGGUCGGUUGUCGUUCAAAGGUGGAUAAGUCCAAGAUGAAGCAAGGCACACGUGUGGCCUUGGAUAUGACAACACUCACCAUCAUGCGGAUGCUGCCUCGUGAAGUUGAUCCCAUGGUGUACAGCAUGUCUUUGGAAGAUCCAGGGUCCGUCAGCUUCGCGGGUAUCGGUGGUCUGAACGACCAGAUCAGAGAGCUCCGUGAGGUCAUCGAACUACCUCUGAAGAAUCCAGAACUCUUCAUCAGAGUUGGAAUUAAGCCCCCGAAGGGUGUUCUCCUCUACGGUCCUCCGGGUACUGGUAAGACGCUGCUUGCACGAGCAGUGGCCAGCUCGAUAGAGACCAACUUCUUGAAGGUUGUAUCCUCGGCUAUCGUGGACAAAUAUAUCGGUGAAUCCGCUCGACUGAUCCGAGAGAUGUUCGGAUACGCCAAGGAACACGAGCCCUGCAUUAUUUUCAUGGACGAAAUCGAUGCCAUUGGUGGACGACGAUUCUCAGAGGGCACAUCAGCAGAUCGAGAAAUUCAGCGGACGCUCAUGGAGUUACUGAACCAGCUGGACGGUUUCGACUACCUAGGAAAGACAAAGAUCAUCAUGGCCACCAACCGACCCGAUACACUGGACCCUGCUCUGUUGCGUGCCGGUCGUCUGGACCGCAAGAUCGAGAUUCCUCUCCCCAAUGAGGUUGGCCGUCUGGAGAUCUUGAAGAUCCACACAAGCACAGUCCAACAGGAAGGAGAUAUCGACUUUGAGAGUGUGGUCAAGAUGAGCGAUGGUCUUAACGGUGCUGAUCUCCGAAACGUGGUUACUGAAGCUGGUCUGUUCGCGAUCAAGGAUUACCGUGACGCUAUCAACCAGGAUGACAUGAACAAGGCUGUACGGAAGGUGGCCGAGGCGAAGAAGCUGGAGGGCAAGCUUGAGUAUCAGAAGCUGUAAUUGUAUCUACCUUGCGGGGCUGGUGGCCCACAUCAUCUGGUGCACGGUUUAGAUCUUUGUCUUGAAGCGCUAAUGCUAUGCAUUCGACCUAU